UUUCUGGUAAUGUAAGACUGUUCAUUUAUUGUAUGCAGAAGUACCGUCAGAGAUGUGUUAUUGUUGUACUUAUUGAAGUUUGAAUCUUUAUCUUGUUUUCAUGGGUUUAAUGUAGCUGUAUUUAAUUGGAGCAUUGAUUUUUUCAUGUGGGUUUGGUUUCUUUUUUGAUAAAGUUUCAGUCUUUAAGGAGAUAUUUGUUUGGUUUCACAAUGUGGGAUGAAUUUUUGGUUUCAAAGGCUUUGUCCAUAGACUGUGUUCAGAUGAAACUGCGUUCUUCUUCUUCUGUUGGUUUCUUGCCUGUUUAGAUAUGAAAAUGAAGUGCUUUCAGUUUCUUUAGAUUUGUAUAACUUUACCCAUAGUUGAGCCGAGGAUCUAUCGGAAACAACCUCUCUAUCUUUGAGGUAGAGGUAAGGUCGGCGUACACUCUAACCUUCCUCCCUGGACACCAGUUUGCGGGAUUAUACCGGUAGACUUUUGUACGAAGCUCGUUCAGUUUCUAAUUUCUACAUUUUGCUGCUGAGCGGAAACUGAUAUGCAGACACCAAAAGGAAGGACUGUUUCUGUGGAAGUGCCUCAAAGGACAUCUGCUGCUACACUAAAGACAGCUCGGAAGCUCAAGACGCCAGGGUCAGAUGCUGAUUCUGUUUCAUCUCCAAAUCCUGCAAACAGGACACCUAAAGAUAGGAGUCCAAAAGUUGUUUGUCGCCGGUCACCAAGGAGUCCGGUGAUAGAGAAGAAGCGUCCUGUGAAAGCGUCUGACUUGGAAAUGCAGCUUGCUCAACUCCAAGAUGAGCUAAAGAAGGCAAAGGACCAGCUCAGUUCUUCUGAAUCAUUGAAGAAAAGGGCUCAACAGGAUGCUGAUGAAGCUAAAAAGCAGCUUGCACUGAUGUCAGAAAAGCUUGAGGACUCUAAGAAGCAGCUGCUUGAACUCUCAGAUUCAGAAGAAGCUCGACUACUGGAGUUACGCAAGAUAUCACAGGAUAGAGACCGAGCAUGGCAAUCCGAGCUUGAGGCCAUUCAGAAGCAGCAUGAGCUAGACUCUGCUGCUUUGGCCUCUGCUAUGAGUGAAAUUCAGAAACUUAAAAUUCAGCUGGACCGAGUGGCUGAUUCUGAAGCCGCUCAAGCUCAUCAUGCUGAAUCAGCUUAUGUUGAGAUACAAAGUUUAAGGAUUGAACUUACAAAGACCCUAACAUUGGUUGAGAAACUGAAAAACCAGCUUAAUGAAAGCAAGGAAUCUGAGGCGUAUUCACUUGAAGAAGUGAGCAAAGCUCAAAUGCAACUGGAAGUGGCCCUGAUGACUGAGGAUACUCUACGUUCUGAAGGUCUGAAAGCAAUGGAGGCUUGCAGGACCUUGUCUUUGGAGUUGGAAAAAUCAAAGGACCAAGUAGCUUCAUUGGACGAACUUGUCAGCAAACUGCAGUCUGGUCUAGUAGAAGGAAACAGCGUUAACGUGGAAGCUGAUAAAUUAAAAGUUGAGCUGAGUACUAUCCAAGCUGAGGUAAGUCAACUAAGAGCUGCUUUGGAGAAUUCCGGGAGAAAGUAUCAGGAACAAUACAUCCAGACCACCUUGCAGGUAAGUAGUGCUUAUGAGCUGGUGGAAUGUAUAAAAUCCGAAUCAACUCAAAGGGAGCCUGAAUGGGAGGCAAAACUGCAUGAAGCAAAAUCGGAAGUGGAAGAAUUGAAAGAAAAACUGAUGAGUGUAGAAGCUCAACUUCAAGAUACUUCAGAUGAGAAUAAGGGGCUGAGUCCGCAUGUUGAGCAAAUGCAGUCAGCUGAUAAUAAAGAGUUUGAAUUAGAUGCUCAACUGAAGAGAUCAGAGUCAAUAUUGGGAGAUCUGCAAGCAAAUUUAUCAGACAAAGAGACAGAGUUGCAGAGCCUUAUGGAGGAGAAUGAGCAGUUGAAGUCAGAAAUGAAAAGGAGGAAACUGGAGAGUACAAAAGUUAACGACGAGGCACUUGCCUUACUAGAAGAAGCAAAAAUUGCAGAAAGAGAGGCCCUGAUAAAGUUGGGAGAUUUGACUGAGGAAGCCGAUAAAAGCAGCAGAAAGGUAACUCGUGUCACUGAGGAGUUGAAUGCAGCACAGGCUGCAAACUCGGAGAUUGAAACCGAGCUUAGGAGGUUAAAAGUUCAAUGUGAUCAAUGGAGAAAGGCUGCUGAAGCUGCUGUGUCUAUGCUUUCAACUGGAAAUAACGGGAAAUAUGUUGAGAGAACAGGUUCUUUAGACUACCACACUCUCGGUGGAAAGCUUGGUUCUCCACUGUUGGACGACUUGGAUGAUGACUCGCCAAAGAAGAAGAAUAAUAACAUGUUGAAGAAAAUCGGGUUUUUAUUGAAAAAGGGCCAGAAGUAAAUGAGUUGAUUAACUGAUAUUUUGAAAAGUUGCUAAGCUAAGGAAUCCCGAAAAGAGGAUAUUGUUGAUUUACUAUAUCUAAUGGGAUUCGUUAAAGGGAUGAAGUUACUCUUUUUGAGCAUUACCCUUGGGUUCUCCCUCGAUGUAUGGAACAAAGGAUGAAAGAACUUUGUAGCUAAUUCUCAAGUUCUCCAUCUCUAAGUUACUGCCGAAAGCUCUUAAUGAGCGUAGUUGCUUGAUUGAUAAUGGACUCUUUUUCCCUCUCCCUGCUCCUUUAUUGGUUUGUUUUGAGUUUUUUCUUUAUAUUUGAGCAAAUUUCAAGCAUCCUUUGGGUCCACAACCCCAAGGAAGGAUCGGGAAAGAAGUCUUAAGGCGCGAAGGGCUCUUCCUCAUAGCCUUAUUUGCGUCUUUAAACUUGAUACUGUAUAAAAGAAAAUUUUCUCUUUGGAUCGUU